UAAUUAAUCUUUAAUAUUAGUGGUGUAACAGUGAACAUCAAAGUAGUCCACCAUGUCGAGCAGCGGGGCGCCGUCCCUGAAGCCCCUCGUCUCCAACACAAGGAUAAUGUUCAGUCUGCUGCCGGGUCUCGGGGCUAUGAUCAUCUUCCGCAUGGCCAUCCAUCUGUACAGACCGGACAUCGAAGACGCAGAGCAUCGCGUGAGGGACCAUCCCUUCGAACACCUAUACGAAUGCUACGAUUUCAUCAUAGUCGGAGGCGGUUCUGCAGGAUCCGUUUUAGCCGAUCGACUUUCAGAGAACCCUGAAUGGAGUGUGCUGUUACUGGAAGCCGGACAAGAUGAGAAUGUCCUGUCAGAGGUACCAGUGAUGUUCCCUGUUCUUCAAACAUCUUCCAUAGAUUGGCAAUUUGUAACGGAACCUAGUGAGGAAUAUUGUCUAAGUAUGGUGGAUAAGAGAUGUAAGUGGCCGCGCGGCAAGGUACUCGGAGGAUCCAGCGCGAUAAACGCGAUGCUUUAUAUUAGGGGAAACAAACGCGAUUACGAUAACUGGGAAGCGAUGGGGAACCCAGGCUGGUCUUACAAAGAAGUCUUGCCAUAUUUCUUAAAAUCGGAGAAUAUGGCCAUUCCUGAAUACAAGGAUAACCCGUACCAUUCUACUGGGGGUCGGCUUACAGUUGAAUACUUUAGGUACGAACAGCCAAUAACGAAGAAAAUUUUAGAAGCGGGCCAGGAACUUGGAUACAAUAUUUUGGAUGUGAAUGGAGAGUAUCAGACCGGAUUUACACGAUCACAUGCAACUGUGCGCGAAGGUCUCCGAUGCAGCGCGGCAAAAGCGUUUUUAAGACCGGCAGCCAAAAGGCCCAACCUACAUGUAAGUGUGCAUUCAUUAGUGGAAAAAAUACUCAUUGACGAACAUAAAAGAGCCUACGGAGUCAAAUUUGUAAAACACGGAAUUCAAAAGAUUGUAAAAGCAAAAAGAGAAGUGAUCUUAUCAAGUGGUGCCAUACAAUCUCCUCAACUAUUGAUGUUGUCAGGAAUCGGUGACGCCGAGCAUUUAAAAGAGCUAGGAAUUCAUCCAAUAGUAAAUCUCCCUGGUGUAGGACAGAAUCUUCAAGAUCAUGUUGCUAUGGGCGGCAACUCUUUUCUUUUUGAUAAUCCGUACACGAACGGAACUGAUUAUUGCUUCAAUUUGUACAGUGCAUUUAGUAUUGGCAGUUUAAUUGAUUUUUCAAUACAUAAGUCAGGACAACUAUAUAGUAUGAUGGAAGCAGAAGCGAUGGCAUUUGUAAAUACCAAGUACCAGGAUCCGAGUGUAGAUUAUCCAGAUAUUCAAUUGUUUAUAGCUCCAACAGCAGAUAAUAUGGAUGGAGGUAUUUUUGGCAAAAGGGCCAACGGAUUGACGGACGAGACCUACGCCGAACUCUACGAGGAUAUUUUAUUCGAAUCUUCGUUUUCCGUCGUACCUUUACUGCUGCGACCUAAAAGUAAGGGGUUCCUGAAGCUGAAGGAUGCAAAUCCUUAUUCGCCGCCGCGUAUAUAUCCCAAUUACUAUAGUCACCCAGACGACGUCAAAGUUAUGACGGAGGGGGCUCGCAUAGUGGCAGCACUAGCCGAGCAACCAGCGCUCCGCCUCCUCAACACCCGCCCGAACCCCAACAGGACUCCAGGGUGCGCCAAGCACGAGUUUCUCUCCGAUGAGCAUCUGGAGUGCGUGGCGCGGCACCACACGCUGACCAUCUACCAUCCUGUGGGCACUUGCGCUAUGGGGCCGGCGGACGAUGCAGACGCCGUUGUCGAUCCCAGGCUAAGGGUUUAUGGUGUUAAAAAUCUACGCGUGGUAGACGGCAGCAUUAUGCCCAAGAUUGUCAACGGUAACACCAACGCACCGAUCAUCAUGAUAGCAGAGAAGGCUUCGGACAUGAUCAAAGAAGAUUGGUACAAUCUUCAGGAUGAACUUGCCGGCUGCACCGUAGAACAGUACAGACAACACCAAUCGAAACACUCCGAGAACCAAGAACCUACUAAAGUUGGCCCCGAUAACCAAAAACCUACUAAAGAUGAUUCCGCUAACGAAGAACCUACUAAAGUAGAUCUAAUUCGCCCCGAUUUUUUCAAUGAAACAAGUCAUCUGUUCCCCAACUUACCUAGCGAUACACAUUAUGCUGCGCGUAAAACCAAAAACGAAAACAAAAGUCAUGCGGCUCGUGAAAAUGAACCAAAACACAAAGAACCUGAUAAGAAAAGUAUCCCCAGCAAAGCCAACUUGAACAACAUAGACCCAGUGUUGCAGUUAGUAUAUCCACCUGAGUAUUUCGUGAACCAACCGACCAAGUAUAACCUUCCGACGUUUCAGCCCUACCCAUACAAACCUACUAAUCUGCUUAAGCCCAAGAGACCGAAUCACCGAUUGCUGCCACACACCAACUCGUUUAAAUGGUAUAAACCUACAUACUAUCGACCAACACCAUUAAGGAGACCGUCGCUUUUUAUUAAUCCGUACGAUUACCAGAUAGUAAAGGAAAAGGAGGAGCCAUUUUAUGAGACAGAAGAAAUAAUAACGCCCAAGGGUCAGAAGAGUUGUAGAAUAUGGUUAUAUUAUGAUGGCGUCAAAUAUGAGGUAACCUUGUAA